AGCUGCCUUUGACAGCGCCUUCAGAGCAGAGACUUUGGUGGUAGAGGCUGUGUCAGUUGGAAGUAAAGUCAACCAUCAGCGACGAGGAAAUUUCAGCGAGCAGCAGCGGUCACGGCACUGACGGAGGAAGGCGGCGGCAGAAAGCUGGCAGUGCCCGGUCCCCCGGCGCCAUGUCCUUCAGGCAGCGGCCGCAGCUGACGGCAGAGGAGCUCCUGCAGCUCCACUCGGAGCCCGGUCUCGGGCUGCACAACCCGGCCUUCGCCCUGGAGGAGAGGCCGCGGCAGGCGUCCGACGUCCUGAGUGACUCUUCGGAUGAUGAGCAGGACGGUAUCACCUUCUCAGCGGGACCGCGCGCGGCCAAAGGGCCCGCUUCCCACACGUCAGUGGAAGUCGAGACGAGUCUGUCGACUCCCGCCGACGUAUCAGCCCGUUCUGAGACGGACCGCAGCCCGACGCAGCCGAGAACGUCGCCUCUCGCGCAGCAGCGGAAUCUGUCAUCUCGCGGCCCUGGCUCCGUCUCUCCGCUCGCCGUCCACAAUGUCUCUGCCGGCCGACCAGACUUCCAACCGUCUGCAACGCCAUCUCCUGACCUGCGCGGCGCCACUACAGCGACCUCCUUCACCCCCGCCGAAGACGACGCUUCCGUCGACGCCAUCACUCCACAUCCUGAUGAGCACCACGAGGAGGCCUUCGACCUCGUCCCAUCGGUCGACUUCGGCGGCCUGGCGCAGCGCCGUCGCCGCCAGGUCUCAGAGUCCUCUCACGGCUCAGUUCGCUCCGUUCCUCGCACCCUGAACGUGCAGAUGCCCGGGUCGCCGGCGCCGACACCUCCCCGGCCGCGACCGUUCCGUCGGUCGGAGACUGUGGCGGCCCUGGGCGUGUCUCCGGCGCUACAGAGGAGACCACUGCGGCUCUCUGAUAACCUGCUGGCUUCCAUUGCGUCCCAGACAGCCGCCGGAGGGGGCCGGAUGGUGCGCCAGCUCAGUGAGACGGGCAGCGCAGGACAGGCUUCCGAGCCGCGGUCACCAGUGCGUCAGCUGCGGCGGACGAACACCGCCAUGUCGCUGCUGUCACAGUCCAGGGACACCCCGCCGACCCCGCGGCGACCCCUGCGGCACACAGAGAACAUCUAUACCAUGCAGGCCCAGUUCAGCACCCCUCCGGCGACCCCCGGCCCUCAGCGCCGGCCGCAGAGGCACACCGAAAACCUACACACCCUCAGAGGAAAGGUGGGCGGCGGCUCUACAUCAGGAGGGGACAGCACGCCCCGACUGCCCGGCUUCCGACUCAUCAGUGCCUCGUCCAACGACCUGAAG